GGGCGGGACGGCAGGGUCUCGCUUGAGCGCAUUUUUUUUCCUCCGGCUCCCGCCGUCAAAACAAUCGCGGGCGCUGGAGCUGCGGCGGCGGCGGUUACAAUUCAAACUGCUCCAACGUUCGGCCGGCUUGCGCCUGCGAGCCGCUGGGGCCAGUCAGUCGGACCGGCCGCCCGUUCCUUUCGGUCUGCGGCGGGAUCUGUGGAUUUAAGGCUACGUGCAGAAGAAGGAAGCGAACCAGUGACACUUGGCGCGGGUGCUGGGGUCUGUGUGCGCUCGGGGGAGGCGAUUUGUUUGGGAUUAGCCCUCCCCUCCAGCCGCGGCCGGCCGGCCUCUGGCUCUCUUUGUGUGUGUGUGUGGGGGCCGGUGUGUGAUGGAGGACCAGUCCCGGCUGCUGCAGCCUCACCCCGGGGUGGCUCUGGCGGUGCACUCGCUGCCCCCUCACUCUCAGGCGGACGGCGGCGACCCCGAGGGACGGAAGCAGGACAUCGGCGACAUCCUGCAGCAGAUCAUGACCAUCACUGACCAGAGCCUGGACGAGGCGCAGGCCAGGAAACAUGCGUUAAACUGUCACAGGAUGAAACCAGCUCUCUUCAGCGUUUUGUGCGAGAUCAAAGAAAAAACAGUGCUGAGUAUUCGGGGUGUCCAAGAAGAGGAGCCUCCAGAUCCACAGUUGAUGAGACUGGAUAACAUGUUGUUGGCAGAAGGAGUGUCUGGUCCUGAGAAGGGUGGCGGCUCAGCCGCAGCAGCAGCAGCGGCGGCGGCAUCUGGUGGAUCACCCAAUGACAAUUCUAUCGAGCACUCUGACUACAGAGCCAAACUUGCACAAAUACGACAGAUUUACCACUCAGAGCUGGAGAAAUAUGAGCAGGCAUGCAGUGAGUUCACCACACACGUCAUGAACUUGCUUCGUGAACAAAGUCGGACCAGACCCAUUUCACCAAAGGAGAUUGAGCGCAUGGUUUCUAUUAUCCACCGCAAAUUCAGCUCCAUUCAGAUGCAACUAAAGCAGAGUACUUGUGAAGCAGUGAUGAUCCUGCGAUCUCGAUUCCUUGAUGCAAGGCGAAAACGACGUAACUUCAGCAAACAGGCUACAGAAGUCCUGAACGAGUAUUUCUACUCUCACCUGAGUAAUCCCUACCCUAGUGAGGAAGCCAAAGAGGAACUGGCAAAGAAAUGUGGUAUCACAGUGUCACAGGUGUCGAAUUGGUUUGGUAAUAAACGAAUCAGGUAUAAGAAGAACAUCGGAAAAUUCCAGGAGGAGGCCAAUCUUUAUGCAGCCAAAACGGCAGCAGAUGCCACAACUGUGGUUGCCCAGCAAGGGAGUCAAGCAAAUUCACCUUCCACGCCCAAUUCAGGUUCUUCUGGUUCUUUUAACAUGCCAAACUCUGGAGACUUAUUCAUGAACAUGCAGUCACUGAAUGGGGAUUCUUACCAGGGUUCUCAAGUUGGAGCUAACGUACAGUCACAGGUGGAUUCCCUGCGUCAUGUUAUACACCAGACAGGCGGAUACAGUGAUGAUAUGACAGGAAGCCAGAUGUACACCCCCACGGCUCUGAAUGUUAAUGGCAGCUGGCAGGAUGCUCCUACCCCAUCUUCUGUGACUUCUCCCACUGGAGGACCUGGCAGUGUCAACUCAGAUACCUCUAACUGAUGAGUUGUCAGUGGUCAUCUACUGCCCAUUGGUUUUCUCUUCACUAGGCCCAUUGGAUGAGAAGAACGUGAUUCCAACCUGAUAUCAUUAGAAGGGUCUUUAGGAUACUUUCUUGGGUAGAAGCUCCCUGCCACCUAUAUGUAAAUAUAGUAUGACAAAAAAAGGUAUUUAUACAUUUUUCACACAAUUGAGUGCAGCCAAUUACCUCACUGUAAAACCCUUUUGAAACCAAUAGAGGAAUGCUUCCUGUUUAGGUUACAGUGCUACACCACUACCUCUCAGCAAUACACAUUAGACAUUCUCAUAUUUUAGUCACCAUGUUACAUUUGUGAGUUUUAACCUAUCUGUUCCCCUCAUUCUCUGUGUUGCAAUGUAUGUUUUAAUUCAGCUUCACAGGUCAGUUGUAUUAGGAAAAUAUUAUUUUAAGUCUGAUGCAUGAAAAUAAAACCCAACUUAUUACUGCUUUUCAAAAUUCCUGCUCCUAAUGAGCAGCUGUUUAGCUGUGUUUUUAUAUAGGUUGAAGUGACUGCAGAAACGGACAUUGAACCCUACACUGACCAUGUGAUUGUGUUAGGGCAUGCAGGUCUAAUAAACUAAUGCAGACUGACUUUUUGUUUUCUAUUGACGUGUUAGUCUUAGUGUCUGACUAGAAAUUAGUACUAGAUUUAAGAGAUCAGCUCAGAAUCCGGCUAGAAAACAAAAUAUUUCUCAGGGCUGACCUUGGAUCAUUUCAUCUUCAAGCUUGGCAAAAGUGAGAUAAAGGAUAGUUCACCAGUAGCACCAAUGUGUUUCAGUAACAUGAACUAACACAUAAUCCCAGCCAAACGAAAUGCUGUGUUAUAAGGAAACCAUUGUGCAAAAUAAUUUAAGGAUUGACCUCAGUUGCUGUGUGGAAAGUCUCUGUUGGUCACCGGACUGACUUAAACCUAGUCUGCACUUGCCUGUGUGAUAAUGUUGAAGCAGUGAGGUAACUUUGUGCCUGCUGACAGCGGUUACUGUUCUGCACAGUGUGAAUGUUAACAAUGGCCAAAGCCCUUUAUUAACGUUUUCUUAAAACUGAGAUUAACAAUGAAAAAUAAAAUAAUAAUGAAUUUUGUUACUUAUUGUGAUCUUAUGUACUCUGUAGUUCCGUUCCUUAGUUAUGCUUUAUAAAAAAUCCUGCUUUUCUGGAGCCCCAGUUGGCGCAGCCUUUUGGGCAGAUUCUUGUGUUUCAAAAUGGCAAACUUACCGAUUUGUUUCA